CUGAACAUUAUUUAUCAAAAGCAGCUUCAUUACCUACAGCUUCAUUAGCCAAAUUUCCCAAAUUAUCACCACAACAUCAACAACAUAUUUUAGCAGCAAUUAAAUGUUUGGAGGCUGUAAUUAUGAGUAUCACGAAAGGAAAUACGUAUAUGCCAUUAGUUGAAUUAAAAACGCGAUUUAGAUUAAGUCAAAUAUUAUUUUGGUUCACUGAUAAUAUUCGAGAAUCUGAAA